UAGAUUAUUGUACCUGUAUGUUCCUGGUUAGCUGCCUGGAAACCUGUUCCUGGUCCCUGUCUGUAAUUACUGGUUCCAGUCUGAACUCCUGGUGCACUGGUCCUGGUUCCUUUCUGGAUCGUGUCCAGUCAAUAGUCCUGUUCGGUUUCCAGCUCUGUUGGCCGGUCCUUGGAACUACCCUGUGUCAUUCCCUUGUGGUAUUGACAACUGUCAUGUGGGUUCUUCUACUUGUGCUCUUAACAGUGAUCUACCUGUUCAGGUGGAACCGAAACAAACAGAUCUUACCAAACCUAACAGAUAAAUAUGUGCUGAUCACAGGAUGUGACUCUGGCUUUGGAAACCUAGCAGCUAAGCAAUUAGACAAGCGUGGCUUGCAUGUUCUUGCAGCAUGUCUAUCGCAGAGAGGUGCUGAAAGCCUGAAGAAGGAGACAUCCAACAGGCUGAAGACUGUGAUCCUUGAUGUUACUGACAGCCAGAGUGUGAGCUCUGCAGCAAAAUGGGUUGCUGGUAUUGUGGGUGAUAAAGGUCUGUGGGGUGUGGUGAAUAAUGCUGGUGUUGCUGUCCCAACUGCCCCAAAUGAAUGGCUGAAUAAGGAGGAUUUUUCAAAAAUCCUAAAUGUGAAUUUAUUGGGCGUUGUUGAUGUCACCCUGAAGAUGCUUCCUCUGAUCCGGAAGGCCCGAGGACGUGUAGUGAAUGUAGCAAGUAUUGCUGGUAGACUAACUAUCUGUGGUGGAGGAUACUGUAUGUCUAAAUAUGGCGUGGAAUCAUUCUCUGAUAGUAUCCGCCGUGAAUUGGCCCGCUUUGGUGUGAAGGUCUGUAUCAUAGAACCAGGCUUCUUCAUGACGCAGAUGACAGACGCCAAGCUAAUGAAAGAGAACUUGAAAAAUACCUGGACACGACUUCCAGAGGAAAUCCGCAGGAGCUAUGGACUGGCAUACUAUGAGAAGUUUUGCAGAACUACUGAUCACUCUUUCUCAACGUCCAGCUCGAAGCUGCAUCUGGUGUCAGACUCCAUGGAACAUGCCCUGACAGCUGUCUACCCCAAGACACGUUAUUCUGCCGGUUGGGAUGCCAAACUCCUCUAUCUUCCUCUCUCUUACCUCCCUACUGCAAUUACAGAUUUCCUUUUUAGCAUAGUGCUUCCUACGCCAGCACAGAGUGCCUAGGUGCCUAGCCUCCCAAUAAAUGUGUCCUAAUCCAUGCUACUUGUUGUAAUAAUAGGGCAAUAAUACAAAAUAAAUGUGUGUUUCCAUACCUUC